AUGAAAUCAUCGACUGCUUUCUUCUCCAAGAUGUGGACUCAUCUUCUCCGACGACGCAACAAUUCUGAUUCACCUUCAAUUCAAAGUCGGAAAUUGGGACAUCUGAGAUCGAAGGCGGAAAUUGGAACUCCGAUUUACCGUCUGAGGUUUGUGUCUCGAUUAUCAAGUGACUUAUCAAUUCGUUCUUCGUUUGAGGUGUGA